CUCCCCGCCCCUCGUGCUCAAUGCGGAAGUACAGGCGCGAGCUUGUCACUCUGUCGCGAGCGAAGCACACGGAGCGCGAGGGGUGCAAAGGGGUAAAUGCGGUCUUGUGACAGCGGCUGCUUCAAAUAAGGGCGAAUGGAGUCUUAGUUACAAACGCAGAUAUGGAUGAAAUAAGUCAAUCUCCUGAUUACAACUGGUUCCGAAGCACAGUUCCUCUCAAACGAAUCGUUGUGGAUGACGAUGACAGUAAGGUAUGGUCGCUGUACGAUGCUGGUCCCAAGAACAUUCGCUGCCCCGUCGUCUUACUUCCGCCCGUCAGCGGAACGGCCGAUAUCUUCUUCCAGCAGGUUCUGGCCCUGACCGGCUGGGGCUACAGAGUUAUCGCGCUCCAGUAUCCAAUUUACUGGGAUCUACUGGAAUUCUGUGAUGGAUUCAGGAAGCUUCUCGAUCAUUUACAGCUGGACAAGAUACAUCUGUUUGGAGCGUCCCUAGGUGGUUUCCUGGCUCAGAAAUUUGCAGAAUAUACUCACAAAUCCCCCCGAGUGCACUCCCUCAUCCUCUGCAACUCCUUCAGUGAUACUUCCAUCUUUAAUCAGACUUGGAUGGCAAACAGUUUUUGGUUGAUGCCGGCCUUCAUGUUGAAGAAGAUUGUCCUUGGAAACUUUGGGAGUGGACCUGUAGAUCCGGAAAUCGCCGAUGCCAUAGACUUCAUGGUAGAUCGGCUGGAGGGCCUGAAACAGAGUGAACUGGCCUCGCGACUGACCCUGAAUUGCCAGAAUUCCUACGUGGAGCCUCAUAAACUGAGGGACGUCACGGUGACCAUAAUAGAUGUCUUCGAUCAGAGCGCGCUCUCCCAAGAGGCUAAGGAGGAGAUGUACAAGUUGUACCCAGAUGCAAAACGAGCUCACCUCAAAACGGGCGGGAACUUCCCUUACCUUUCGCGGAGUGCGGAGGUCAAUCUCCAUAUCCAGAUUCAUAUGCGGCAGUUCCACGAGACGAGGUACGCAGCUCUCGGCCUGGCCUUGGUGAGCACAGACGAGGUGCAGCCGCAAGCUCCCGGCCCUAACAGGACCGGCCAGUGAAAAGAGGACCGGUGACACUCCGUCCCCAUUCCGUGGCUGGGACUGGCUCACUGCGCUAUCAGGAAAGCUACUACGGUCUGAAUGCUGUUCAUAGUGGCCUCUACUGGUCUGUAAACUCAGAGCCAUCAGGGAGGUGUUCCACAAAGCAGGAUGUCUCAGUUAGCUGGGUUACCUUAAGCUAGAAAUCAUGAUCGUCCAAUAGGAAUGCUUCUUACCUAAACUCUUAUUAUACGGUCGUCCCUUCAUGAAGUUAACCCAGGUAACUGAGAAAUCCUGCAUGGUGGAGGACCCGCCUGGCCUGGUUUUCGAAUCCUUUCUACUUCAAGAUACUGUUUGUGACCAUUCAAUAGCAUAAUGACAUGUGAAAAGGCAUUCUGCUGCUUUGCCGAAAUCUAUUUUUGUAAGCACUGCUACUGUAUAUAACCGUAAAUUGCCUAAAAGCCUUUGUUUUAAGAGACUUUUCUAUUUUUUCUAUGUGAAUUCUCUAAAGACUCUUUUGACUUGUUUAUGUUUAAAUGCUGUCGUUUUAUUGAGCGAAUGAGGACUGUUUCAGUGUCAGGAAAACACUUACAGAAAACACUGUUUCUGGAGCUAAUAUUUAAUUUCCCUAUAAAAUAAAACAUGCUUCAUUGCAGAUCGCUUGUGAUUAGUUAUAUUAAAGUAACCUCUG